AAAAUGUUAUUUAAAGCCUAUUUAUAGCACAUACUUCUUUUCGUUCCUUUUAUUUCUAUAUUUUCUAUGGUUUUGUGGUUAAAGAUGAUUGAAGCAUCUAAAUAAGCAUUGAAGUGUAAAGUAAGGAAUUUAUGUCCUCGUGUGAGUGUCGAGUGUCCAACCCGGAUACAAAAUAGAGUCGAAAUAGCGUACUUUGACAUGACACAAUGUGUAGCACGGCAUACAUCCAACCAUAAGACAUACAUGGUGGGCACGAGGCAUAACCCAAAACCAUCUUACACUGGACUAAUGAAUACAAGAGUGGACGUAUGGAACAAAAAAUUCAAACCAAUCCUCUCACUCAAUACUUUCAUUUCUAGCUUUCUCCCAAAGCAACAAAAAUGGAGGAUACAACAUGGGAGCAAAAAUUCACAGCCCUAACACACAUCUUAACAAACCCAACUACAAACCCAUCACUCCACUCUCAAUAUUUCAUUGCUAACCAAAUCCCCUGUUAUCUAAACUGGGAUUUCCCACCUUUACUCUGCCCCAAAUACCAAAACAACCCAACAUUCAACUUAAAAUGGAGUUUCUCUCUCUUCCUUAAAAGAUUAAGGGCACCUCCUAUUUCUUGGAGGUCAAAGUGCCCUUACAGUCAACCCCCACCUCUGAUUUUGGGCAAAGGAGUUGAAGAAGCUAAAUGGGAUGAUGAAAGUAAAAGAUUGUAUUUCAGGAAAAGAUUGUUUAGAAAGAAGCUAGUGAGUGAAGUUAAUCCUUUGAUUCCAAUUUUGGUUCCUAAUGUCUUGUUGGUUUGGGUCCUCUUUUGGGGUCCAAUUCCUCUCGAUGAUCCUUGAAGGUGUUUGAUAAUGUUGGUUGAUGAAACUUUUUUUUUUUCCUUCUUUGUUUUUGUGUAUGUGGUGGAGAAACUCUCUUGGUUGCGUUGAUAAUGUUGAGUUGUUGACAACUUGCACAUUGCAAGUUUUAUUAAUAUUGUCUUCUUUUAUUAAUAUUGUCUUAUUUAGAAAUUUGCACAAUUAUAUAAUGUACUCCGUAACAUAUUGUUAUACUCU